AUGUCCUUAUCCUACCUGGCUAUCGUGCGCCAAUGCGACAAUUUCCCCUACCACCAAGACAACCCGGAAGCGUACCAUGCCGCCCGACAGCAAUUCUACGCCUUUCGCGUCAGCGGAUGCCAUGCAACGGUCGGACACAUCCCUGCCAGUAUUAUCCACAAAUUCAAGUGGCCUGCUUGUUGGUCCAUCGAUCAUACAGCGAAAACAGCCGUGCUAGGAUCUGGAUUCCCUGAGUCCGCCCGCGUGCGCAGCGAGUUGCUCGCCACGACCAUGCACCAGAUGGCGCACACCGAUCAUUUUGCCAUCCUACAUGGAUGGCGCAAUGAAACAUUCCCCGUCUACGGCCCUGGAGGAGAGGUGCUACUCGAGAUCGAACGGUCGGCAAGCGCUCUCUUUGGCAUCGUCACCUACGGUGUUCAAUUGACCUGCUAUGUCCAGGAAGAUCGCGGUCUUCGCAUCUGGAUUGGUCGACGGUCUCGCUCGAAACAGACAUACCCCGGUAUGCUGGAUAACACAGCAGCUGGUGGUCUGGGGACCGGCCAGUCACCCUAUCGCGCUGUUGUCCAGGAAGCGGUGGAAGAGGCCUCGUUGCCAGAAUCUGUGCUGUGCCGGGGCCUCCGAUCCGUCGGUUGUUUGUCUUAUUACCGUGUGCGAGGAACCCAGGCAGGAGGGGACGAUGGUCUGUUGCAGCCCGAAGUCGAAUACGUCUACGAGCUGCUGUUAGAUGCUGAUACUAUACCACAACCGGGUGAUUCGGAGGUGGACGAGUUCCAUCUGUGGAGUGUCGAUGAGGUGGGGGAUGCGUUGAAGCGAGGAGAGUUCAAGCCCAACAGUGCCAUUGUCUUGGUGGAUUUUUUCAUUCGACAUGGGAUCCUGACUCCGGAGAACGAACCCGAAUAUCUGGAGAUUAUAGCCCGACUUCAUCGGCGGCUGGAAUUUCCCAUCUCGAUCACUCGAUAG